UCUGUCCAUGUGUUUUUUUAGCAAAUAAGAAAAAAACAACUACAAAAGGACAGAAUUAAAAGGAACAAGUCUGCCAGAUGCUUCGGGAGGGAUUCAAAUCUCGAAGUUAAUGGGACUAUCAGACCCGUCGCCUUCUCUUGCUUCCCAAUAGCCCAGCAAGUUUCUUUUACAUGCAUGGCAGCCCCUUCAAUACCCUCUCACAUUAAGGCUUGGGUCUACUCUGAAUAUGGAAGUGCUGUUGAUGUUUUGAAACUGGACCAAAAUUUGGCAGUCCCACAAGUGAAGGAAGAUCAAGUGCUGAUCAAGGUUGUUGCUGCAUCCCUUAAUCCUGUUGAUUCUAUGAAGAUGAGAGGUUUUCUCAAGGACUGUGACACUCCUUUUCCAACUGUUCCAGGCCACGAUGUUGCAGGGGUGGUGGUUAAAGUGGGAAGCCAAGUGAAGAAUUUCAAGGUAGGAGAUGAAGUAUAUGGGGAUAUGGUAGAGAAAGCUUUGAACCAUCCAAAACAAUUUGGCUCUUUGGCUGAGUACACUGCUGUGGAAGAGAAAUUAUUGGCUCUUAAACCCAAGAAUCUAACUUUUGUUGAAGCCGCUAGCCUUCCCCUGGCUAUUCAGACUGCCUACCAAGGCCUUGAAAAAACUGGAUUCUCUGCUGGUAAAUCCAUCCUUGUUUUGGGAGGUGCUGGGGGAGUUGGAACUCUGGUUAUUCAGCUAGCAAAGCAUGUUUUUGGUGCAUCUAAGGUAGCAGCUACUGCAAGCACUGGGAAACUGGAGCUGUUGAAGAGUUUGGGAGCUGAUUUGGGUAUUGAUUAUACCGAGGAGAACUUUGAAGAUCUUUCAGAGAAAUUUGAUGUAGUAUAUGAUGCUGUUGGGCAGAGUGACAGGGCAGUGAAAGCGGUGAAAGAAGGUGGGCAGGUCUUGAAAAUAGUUCCCGAAACUCCAACAGCAGCCGUAUUUGUGCUCACUUCAAAUGGGUAUUUCUUGGAGAAACUGAAACCUUACUUGGAAAGUGGGAAGGUGAAGCCACUGAUCGACCCCAAAGGCCAUUUUCCAUUUUCUAAGACUGUUGAAGCAUUUUCUUAUCUUGACACUAAAAGAGCUACUGGCAAAGUGAUUGUAUAUCCAAUCCCGUGAGAGAAAACAAAUCUGUUUCUGCAUUAUAUAUAACAACUAAUAUAUCCUUGUCUAUGCAUGAGGACUACCAAUAAAGCAUGGUUGUUAUACGUUUGCAAAUA